UUAGGGUCUUCUAGGGGGUGGGAGGUGUUUGUCAAAAUCCUGGAGCCAGAAGAAAGAACAGCAGCGUUGAUCAAUUUGACUGCUAACAUGUUGUACCUGGAAAACAAUGCCCAGUCCCAGUAUAGUGAGCCGCAGUACACGAACCUGGGGCUCCUGAACAGCAUGGACCAGCAGAUCCAGAAUGGCUCUUCCUCCACCAGCCCUUACAACACGGAGCACGCGCAGAACAGCGUCACGGCCCCCUCGCCCUACGCCCAGCCCAGCUCCACUUUUGACGCCCUCUCUCCCUCCCCAGCCAUCCCCUCCAACACAGACUACCCAGGACCUCACAGCUUCGAUGUAUCAUUUCAGCAGUCCAGCACAGCAAAGUCAGCAACGUGGACGUAUUCCACCGAGCUGAAAAAGCUGUACUGCCAGAUCGCCAAGACGUGUCCCAUCCAGAUCAAAGUGAUGACCCCACCACCUCAGGGCGCUGUCAUCAGGGCCAUGCCAGUCUACAAGAAGGCUGAACACGUCACCGAAGUGGUCAAACGCUGCCCGAACCACGAGCUGAGCCGGGAGUUCAACGAGGGGCAGAUUGCACCUCCCAGCCACCUGAUCAGAGUGGAAGGGAACAGCCACGCCCAGUAUGUAGAAGACCCCAUCACAGGGAGGCAGAGUGUGCUGGUCCCCUAUGAGCCACCCCAGGUCGGUACUGAGUUCACCACAGUCUUGUACAACUUCAUGUGCAACAGCAGCUGCGUUGGAGGGAUGAACCGCCGCCCAAUCCUUAUCAUUGUGACCCUGGAAACCAGAGAUGGGCAGGUCCUGGGGCGCCGGUGUUUCGAGGCACGCAUCUGUGCCUGCCCGGGCAGGGACCGCAAGGCGGACGAGGACAGCAUCCGCAAGCAGCAGGUGUCCGACAGCACAAAGAACGGUGACGGUACGAAGCGCCCUUUUCGACAAGGAACUCAUGGCAUACAGAUGACAUCUAUCAAAAAAAGACGUUCCCCAGAUGAUGAGCUCUUGUACUUGCCAGUGAGGGGACGGGAGACAUACGAGAUGCUCCUGAAGAUCAAGGAGUCCCUGGAGCUGAUGCAGUACCUUCCCCAGCACACGAUUGAGACCUACCGGCAGCAGCAGCAGCAGCAGCAGCACCAGCACUUGCUCCAGAAGCAGACCUCCAUGCAGUCGCAGUCCUCCUAUGGCUCCAACUCUCCCCCACUCAGCAAAAUGAACAGCAUGAACAAGCUGCCCUCGGUCAGCCAGCUCAUCAACCCGCAGCAGCGCAAUGCCCUGACCCCAACCACCAUCCCCGACAGCAUGGGAACCAACCUUCCCAUGAUGGGCACCCACAUGGCCAUGACGGGUGACAUGAAUGGCCUCAGCCCCACGCAGGCGCUGCCUCCUCCCCUCUCCAUGCCUUCAACGUCCCACUGCACCCCCCCUCCUCCAUACCCCUCAGACUGCAGCAUCGUCAGCUUCUUAGCGAGGUUGGGCUGCUCAUCCUGUGUGGAUUAUUUCACGACCCAGGGGCUGACCACCAUCUAUCAGAUUGAGCAUUACUCCAUGGAUGAUCUGGUGAGCCUCAAGAUCCCGGAGCAGUUCCGCCACGCCAUCUGGAAGGGCAUCCUGGACCACCGGCAGCUCCAUGACUUCUCCUCCCCUCCCCACCUGCUGCGCACCCCCAGCGGCGCCUCCACGGUGAGCGUGGGCUCCAGCGAGGCGCGCGGGGAGCGCGUCAUCGACGCUGUGCGCUUCACGCUGCGCCAGACCAUCUCCUUCCCGCCCCGCGACGAGUGGAACGACUUCAACUUCGACAUGGACGCCCGGCGCAACAAACAGCAGCGCAUCAAGGAGGAGGGGGAGUGAGACCCGCGGGCCCCCCUCCACCCCGCCCCGGCCACGAACUGCUCAGCCCUUGGUUUGUCUCCCUUCUGCUUGGUGCUGCACCCCCGGACGGAGGGCGGAGGGAAGCUUCUCGCGCGCUCCCGCUAGGUCAUGCCCUGGGUGCCGUCCAGGCCGUGCUCCUGGACUGCAGCCUCCACCACAGCUCUUGCAAGGGGAAGAGCUGAGCAAAGGGGGAAGGUGGGUGGUAUUUCCUUGACAACCGUUGGCCUUCUUAAGAAGGCCAACUUGUUUUGAGUUUUCCUUUGGGGAGAGGGCUUCUUUUCUUGACUUUUGAAUCUUCACACACCUUGUGGCUGCCCUGACCUGCAAACAUGUUUCUCUCGCCCGGUGAUCCCACUUUGAAAAGCAGGAAGGUUAAAAUAAAAUUCUAAAAAGCCAAAAAAAAAAAAAAACCCCAAACAACCAAACGCACCCCAACAACAAAACCAAAUGCAAAAAACCCAAAGCAACCCAACCCUGAACUGACAGUUUAUCUGAAAAGUAAAUGGGAAUCAGUCUGCUGAACGUUGCACUUAAACAGCCUCUUCCCGUGGAGCUGAGUGCUCUGUUCAUGUGUAAUAUUCUCCAGCGGAGACAGCACAUGCACUUUGCUGGGCAGGCCAGCGCUCACAGCACCUGCAUCCUACUUUUUCCUUUUCCCUCGCCUUCUCUGGAAAAACCAAGCCUGCUGUCUUCUUGUUUUGGAUAUACGUUCAUGUGUGUGUCCUGGUUUGCUCCUUUCAGGCUUGGAAGUGUAAAUAACGCUACUGGUCACUCUUCAAUCCUGCCCCCAGCCAACCUUUAACCGUGCUGUAAUACUACUGACAUUUAAGCUAUAGAAUUAGGCUUUGCCACACAUGCAGCCUGGCUAGUUUAGCAUAAGGAUUUGUCCUCCAGUUAAAUGGGGGAGUGAGAGCUGCACAUCAGUUUGUAGGGCUUCAGCUAUCCUAAACUCAGACAACCUUUUGUUUAGACCAUGCUAGAUUACUUUACUUGGGAGGAAACCAGACUUGUCUUUAGAUAUAUCUGUAAUGGGUUGGAACCUGAUGUGUUUGUUGCUGUAGGUUAAGUGACAAGCAACUAGAAGUGGAUACUAAAAAAAUAACCACAAACUGCCUUGAAACAAGGAUCAUUUCCUGGUAUGAUGGGUCUUUUUACUUCAAUAAGCCGCGUUUACAUGAGAAAUUGAUUUUUCUCUGGUUUUUUUCUUUACUAGUUCUACCACAGUUGUGCUCUGAGGCAUUUCCUCUGACUGCCAGUAGUCCUGUGGACAAAUAACUGAACAAUGUGUGUUUUCAUGUUUUUAUUAGCCAAGGUACCAAGACUCUAAGGUAUACAACUUAAGCUGAGCAGCAAGGCUCAGCACAGCUGCUUUCAAGUUGGCUUGCUCUUUUUAACAGUAAGCCCGACUUUUUUUGUUGGGUUUUUUUUCUGGGGAAAGAUGAAAAAAGCAGCUUAAAUUAGUUGUUAUCCUACUUGCUACAGUUGAAUAUUCCUGUCUCAAUGCAGUGGCUGUUUGUGGACCCUGCUCUGUGUCACAUAUUUCAUUUAAGUCCAAUAUGGUCAGCAUCCUCCAUCUGUCUGUUGUGCCAGAUGUCUGAUCUGUGCCUGAUGCCAGAACCGUGUUGCAUUCAAAGACUGCCUUUUGGUAGCUGUGCAAGCCUGUUUUGGUUAGCUGUAAAUGGUAAUGCCAGAUGGUUACACUGUCAAGUCUGUAUAUAAAUAUUUUUUUGUAUGUGUAAUUUUUUGUUUUCCUACCGCAUAACAUGACAAUUUUUAUUUCCUCUUGGGUACGAGGUCUGACAGUACACAAAUAAAAUGUUGUUGUUUGUUUUUCUGUUUUUUAAUUAUUAUUUUUAUGCAGAAGGCUUACAGUUACAAAUCGUGUAACAAAUGACGAAUCAGUGGAUGAAUAUAUUUGUAUUUUUCAUACUGAGAUUACUGUGCUACUUUGCAGUUGAGGGGGGAGCGCACACGUACUGAAAGCCUGUGGAUUCAUUUUAUUUUGUAACACUUCAAAGAGCAGUGUCCUAGAUUUCAAAGUAUUUAACAUGCUCAGUGUGAGAACUUACUAUAUCUCUUUAUUUUUUUCUAUAUUGUACAAAAGAAGCAAGUCAUUCUGCUCUUGACUUGAUGCAAUGAUUAAUUCAGCAGGGCAAUGUUAGUGUGGGGGAAAGUGUUAGUGCAGAUACUUUACAAAUCCCUGGAGGUGAAUUAGGCUGUGCCCUUCUCACCUCCGAGGUUUUGCAUCUCCAUUGUGUAGUCCUGAGCUGCUUCAGUAUUGUGUACAUACAUUGAUGCAAAAGACACUGUCAUUUUUAGGAUCUAGGGAGCUUCUGACUUAUAAAGGUUAAUGCAGUUAAUGCUGUGCCCAGAGUUGGUACAAGAACUUCAUAUCUGCUUUUCAAAUCAGAAGCGAGAUGGAGCUUCUCUACUGCAUCACUAAUGAUUAAAAUAUAUGCUGUGAAAACCUUCUUUCUACUGUAUACCACUAUGGAGAAUAACUGGGAUCUUCAAGAGAGUCUGAACUGCUGUAGCUUUUGCCCGACCCUGUAGAGCUGUGAUUUUGUUUUGAUGCAUCCAAGUGUUAUGGCUUAACUGAGCUGAGAAUCUGCCAGUGCUUGUAGCAAUGACAGUGUUGCCUGCACCAAGACCUCGAUGUGUUUUGGAACACCUUGUUGUUGAAGUGAAUGAAA